GGACGUGAUCGGAGCGGAAGUGUGACUCUCCUGGGCAGGAAGCUGUCAGCAGUGUUUUUGUUGCUAGUGGGGACUGUUGUGUUGUGAAAAUGGCGACGCCUCGUCGCACCUCUCAGCAGCAGCAGCAGCAGCCAAACUCCCUGCUGUCCUCCCCGCCCCGCGGCUCCUCUCUCCCCGGCACCCCGCCUGGCUCUCCGCCGGCACCCGCCGACGAUGUCACCCCGCUUCCCCACCGAGGCGCGAUGGAGAACGCGGCUGACGGUGAGGUAGCCCCUGCCUCUCCCACCACCACCUCCCCAGCUCUGGCCCUCACCGCCAGCAGCAGCAGCAGCAGCGGCAGCAGCAGCAGCACUAGCAGCAGCGCUAGCUCUCCGACCACCACCGAGGGUAGCGGGACCAGCCCCGGCUCUACGCCCGACUCGGGCAGCGGCAACCCGGGCAGCGGCGGCAGCAGCAGCAGCGGCGGCGGUGGAGCAAACGGGGCGUUCAGGGAGCUGUUUGAAGCCUGUCGGAACGGGGAUGUGUCGAGGGUGAAGAAGCUGGUGGAUGCGGUCAAUGUGAAUGCUAAAGAUAUGGCAGGACGGAAAUCGACACCCCUGCACUUCGCUGCAGGUUUCGGCCGGAAAGAUGUGGUGGACCACCUGCUUCAGACGGGCGCUAAUGUGCACGCGCGGGAUGACGGCGGUCUGAUCCCGCUUCACAACGCCUGCUCGUUUGGCCACUCCGAGGUUGUGUCCCUGUUGCUGUGCCAGGGGGCUGACCCCAACGCCCGGGACAACUGGAACUACACGCCACUCCACGAAGCUGCCAUUAAAGGCAAGAUAGACGUCUGUAUAGUGUUACUGCAGCAUGGAGCUGACCCCAACAUCCGCAACACCGACGGCAAGUCCGCCCUGGAUCUGGCCGAACCGUCCGCCAAGGCCGUGCUCACAGGUGAAUACAAGAAGGAUGAGCUGUUGGAGGCGGCGAGGAGUGGAAACGAGGAGAAGCUAAUGGCCUUGCUUACUCCACUCAACGUCAACUGCCAUGCGAGCGACGGGCGCAAGUCUACUCCACUCCACCUGGCAGCAGGAUACAACAGGGUGAGGAUAGUUCAGCUGUUACUACAGCACGGAGCAGAUGUUCAUGCCAAGGACAAAGGUGGUCUGGUGCCUCUACAUAAUGCCUGCUCCUACGGACAUUAUGAAGUUACUGAGCUGCUUCUAAAGCACGGAGCGUGUGUGAACGCCAUGGAUCUGUGGCAGUUCACCCCUCUCCACGAGGCAGCGUCUAAAAACAGAGUGGAGGUGUGCUCUCUGCUGCUGAGCCACGGGGCCGACCCGACGCUGCUCAACUGCCACAGCAAGAGCUCCGUGGACAUGGCGCCCACUCCCGAGCUAAAGGAGAGACUCACAUAUGAGUUUAAGGGCCACUCGCUGCUCCAAGCUGCUCGGGAAGCUGACAUGGCCAAAGCGAAGAAGACCCUGGCCCUGGAGAUCAUUAACUUCAAACAUCCACACACACAUGAGACUGCGCUGCACUGUGCUGUAGCGUCCCCGCACCCGAAGAGGAAACAGGUGACGGAGCUGCUGUUGAGGAAAGGCGCCAACGUGAAUGAGAAGAAUAAAGAUUUCAUGACUCCUCUCCAUGUGGCAGCAGAGCGUGCUCAUAAUGACAUUAUGGAGGUGCUGCAGAAACACGGUGCCAAGGUGAACGCCCUGGACACGCUGGGUCAGACGGCUUUGCACCGCGCGGCGCUGGCGGGCCACCUUCAGACCUGCAGGCUGCUGCUAGGAUACGGGGCAGACGCCUCGCUGGUGUCACUGCAGGGCUUCACUGCAGCUCAGAUGGGAAAUGAAGCUGUUCAGCAAAUACUCAACGAGAACGUCCCGGUGAGAAACUCAGACGUGGACUACAGACUUCUGGAAGCUGCUAAAGCCGGAGACCUGGACACAGUCAAGUCGUUGUGCACGGCUCAGAAUGUGAAUUGUAGAGACCUGGAGGGACGACACUCCACCCCCCUUCACUUUGCUGCUGGCUACAACAGAGUGUCUGUGGUGGAGUACCUGCUGCACCACGGGGCCGACGUCCAUGCCAAGGACAAAGGCGGUCUGGUCCCCCUCCAUAACGCCUGUUCGUAUGGUCACUACGAGGUGGCCGAGCUGCUGGUCAGACAUGGUGCCUCAGUCAACGUUGCCGACUUGUGGAAGUUCACGCCGCUCCAUGAAGCCGCUGCCAAGGGCAAAUACGAGAUCUGCAAACUGCUGCUCAAGCACGGGGCGGACCCCACCAAGAAGAACCGAGACGGGAACACGCCUCUGGACCUGGUGAAGGACGGGGACACCGACAUCCAGGACCUGCUGAGAGGAGACGCCGCGCUGCUGGACGCUGCUAAAAAAGGCUGCCUGGCCCGGGUGCAGAAGUUAUGUAGCCCCGACAACAUCAACUGUCGGGAUACACAGGGACGCAACUCAACUCCACUGCACCUCGCAGCUGGCUACAACAACUUGGAGGUAGCAGAGUAUCUGUUGGAACACGGAGCCGAUGUGAACGCGCAGGACAAAGGAGGGCUGAUACCGCUACACAAUGCUGCUUCAUACGGGCACGUGGACAUAGCCGCCCUGUUGAUUAAGUACAACACAUGCGUGAAUGCCACCGAUAAGUGGGCGUUCACACCGCUCCAUGAAGCGGCGCAGAAGGGGCGGACUCAGCUCUGUGCCCUGCUAUUGGCCCAUGGAGCCGAUCCCACCAUGAAGAACCAGGAGGGGCAGACGCCCCUGGACUUGGCAACGGCUGAUGACAUCAGAGCACUGCUGAUUGACGCCAUGCCACCAGAUGCCCUGCCAAGCUGCUUAAAGCCCCAGGCCACUGUGGUGAGCGCAAGUGUGGUGAGUACAGGUGCGACAGGGGGCGUGGUCAUCUCCCCCUCUCCCUCCCCGUCCUGCCUGUCCGCAGCCAGCAGCAUAGACAACCUCUCCACACCCCUGGGUGACAUCAGUGUGGGUGGGGCCACCGGACCAGCAGACGGAGCAUCUGGAUCCGACAGAAAGGAAGGAGAAACUCUGCUCGACAUGACCAUCAACCAGUUCCUGAAGAGUCUGGGGCUGGAGCACCUCAGAGACAUCUUCCAAAGGGAGCAGAUAUCUCUGGAUGUGCUGGCAGACAUGGGUCACGAGGAGCUGAAAGAGAUCGGCAUCAACGCCUAUGGUCACAGACACAAACUCAUCAAGGGCAUCGAGAGGCUGCUGGGUGGCCAGCAAGGUGGGAACCCGUACCUGACGUUCCACUGCUCCAGCCAGGGCACAGUGCUGAUCGACCUGGCACCAGACGACAAGGAGUUCCAGUCUGUGGAGGAGGAACUGCAGAGCACCAUCAGAGAGCACCGUGAUGGCGGCAAUGCGGGUGGAGUCUUCAGCCGGUAUAACAUCAUUAAGAUUCAGAAGGUGGUGAAUAAGAAGCUGCGGGAGAGAUACGCACACAGACAAAAGGAAAUUGCGGAUGAGAAUCACAACCAUCACAACGAGCGAAUGCUGUUUCACGGUUCUCCCUUCAUCAACGCCAUCAUCCACAAGGGCUUCGACGAGCGACAUGCCUACAUCGGCGGCAUGUUUGGCGCCGGGAUCUAUUUUGCUGAGAACUCCUCUAAAAGCAACCAGUACGUGUACGGGAUUGGUGGAGGCACGGGAUGCCCCACCCACAAAGACCGCUCCUGCUACGUCUGUCACAGGCAGAUGCUGUUCUGCAGAGUAACACUGGGCAAGUCCUUCCUUCAGUUCAGUGCCAUGAAAAUGGCCCACGCCCCCCCAGGUCACCACUCUGUUAUAGGACGACCGAGCGUCAACGGACUGGCGUACGCAGAGUAUGUCAUCUACAGAGGGGAGCAGGCUUACCCAGAAUACUUGAUAACCUACCAGAUUGUGAAGCCUGAGAGUCCGGCCGUGCCUGCUGCCACUUCUGAGCAGAAGUCCUAAAACACAGUCAUAGCUGGAUCCUAAGAAAGCCAGACUGCAGUGGACUAGAGCUCCUCGCUUAGAGGACUAGAACUGAACUAUGAGGUUGUUUAAAACCUCGGACCCAAAAUGAAGGUCUCCGGAGCCGAACUUGAGGUGGGUCGGGGGGGUAAAGUGUGGACCAAGCCUCGGACGACCCUCAGGGAACAAGACGUGGAUGUAUCUAGCAGAAGACGAAAAGGAGGAUGAGGAGGCAGUGUCUUUGAGUUUCACGGGACAGCACACGCUCAGUGCAAAGCAGCAGACAGCAAAAAUCCAUCAGAUUCUUUAAUUAAUUGGAACUAAUUUAGCAGGGGAAAGAGAAAAUGGUUUGAUCAACAUUCCUGGAAAUGUACCAGUAAGCUAAUUUUUAAAUUUGCAGCCCUCUGGCUUGAUCCUAAAAGCAAUUAAGGAAGCAAUUACAGCAGGACACAGUCCAAAGCAAAACAAACAUCCCUGAUUUUGCACCUUUGCACUGCUUGUGUAUCUGCCCCCAGUUUUUAUUAAUGUGUUGUUUUGGUAUCGUGUUCUCCAUCAGCUUUGUGCAUCAUCCACAGCAACAAAACAACACCCAGGGGCCACUUCCAGGAACAGCGGUUGUUGUGCUGCGAGAAACAGAAAUCCAGUGCAUUUUAUGUUACAGCUUGUCAUAUUUUUCACCGAUGAGGCUCAUGUAAACAAGACACAGCUCUCUGUGUGUUUGCUCGCAUCUUUUUUCUGCUACAAGCAAAGAUGAAGUGAUGAAACAAGUGCGAGCGGGGCGAAGUAGAACAGAUUACAGCGGACAAACACCCAGAAGUCAAUAAGCAGUUAACUACCAGGAGACCACAAUCCACUGCUGCUACCAGACUUUACCGCCACAGACCAAACUGGUUCAUGUAAGAAGACAGCUGCUGCCAGCAAGCCUCCGAAUCCAUACAGUUAACACAAACACAGACAUCGUUUCUAGAGUUUUCAGAAGAUGUUUUUCUGGUUUACUCGACCAGUGCUUGGUGACAAACAAGCAGCAACCACAAUAACCGAGUGUGAUAGGCUGAGACACCUGUCAAUCAAGCCAGCAGACCUGCUUAAAGGUACCAUAUACCGUAUACCACACAUUUCUCUUGGAUAUGCAUCAGGAAAUAUCAAUGUUUUAAUGUUCAUGAAACAUUACAUUUUGCACAGUCUCAUACUGCAGCACCUCUAUUCGCCCUCAGCCCUUCAGAAAAUUUAGAGGUUUUCUGUUUCAAUGUCAGCCUGUGUUUUGGAGUAUCUAGAAGCCAUUUUAAGAUCCACAUCUAACUUCCGCAUUGGCUCCGACGAUCAGAUCAAACAUAGCGGUUGCUGCUUGAUUCAAACCAGCUCAGAUUAAAGCAGUUCAAAAUCAGUCUUUUACCAGAACAGGUGGACCACAAGGGGACCAGACUGCGACACUGUUACAUGUACAGACGGGAAACAAAGGACAAACCUGACUGAAUGAGCUGAGAAACAAGAAAAAAGAGCAGGCGCUUUCGUAUAGGACAGAAGAAGUCAUUGAAAGAAGUGAAUCAGUUGGAGGAGAGAAGGACGUGCUCCAGAGACUAUAGAAGGUUUUUGUUGUUUUUUCUGUGAAAUUGUCACCCGACUGUAUCAGCACUAAACACACACAUACAAACGCUGGACUCUUUAUCCGUGUUACAUUUCAGUCAAAGCUGCACUUGGCGAUUCAGACAAAUACAGUAAGGAAAGUUGAAACUUGAAUACCAAAUGACCAGAAAAGACAACAACACAAGAACUGGUUUAGGCUGAAAAGGUUGACUUUCCAGAGAUGUGAUUGAUUAUGAACCUCGAUGUCGUCAGUUGCAGCUUUAACAGUCACUCCUCUCACUUAUGUGUACUUGCAUCUUUUAGUUUAUGUUUUAAUGUCUCCCACAUUUUCCAAAUGUUGUUGUUUACAAGAACCUGCUGCCUUUUCAGCCCUUUCCUCGCUUCCUCUAUCAUGUGAUUCCCCCUAGUGGUGCAACGGAGGAAUUAAAAACAGGAGUCCUGUUUGUUAGGAAGCCGUCUUCAUUGGAAUUUAUUUCUACACAAAUACUGUUUAUUUUUGUUUUUUUAAGAGGCAUAUUCCAUUUUGUUUCUUAAUUUUUCCCCAUCCUUCAUCUUCACACUUUUGGGUUUUAACUCCUCGAAUGUUACAAACGAAUGUGAAAGGUGAGCUAAGUCACUAUAUCUUGAAAAAGACAUUUAUAUGACCAGGUUGAGUUAGAGGAUGAUGGGUAUGUUGUACAUAAAUAUGAGCUAUCACAUAUCUGGUUGUACAAACAAUUUUCAGUGACACACUAACAUCAUAACAGCCUGGUGAUAUUCCACACACUACGUACUGUAAGCUGACCAUGACUAUGUUUUUUCUGUCAACAGUUUAUUUAUGAUUAUGUUUGAAUAAUGACACUGUACACCACACGGGACCACACUCGAGUUUCAUGUAAAUCGUGUCAAGUUGAGCAGCGCUGACAGUCCAGGAAACUCCUUGAAACUGUGCAUUGGCGAGGGAAGUGGCCUUAAGAAUUUUAGAUUGCCUUGGAAUCGCUUGUUUAGAAAAUCCAAUCAGUUUUUGACCAAACUGCUCCGAUUCUUAUAUUUGAUUUAUUUUUUAACCUGACUUUGCUCCUCAGAUUUCAACUGAUUUGCAUUUUUCAAGGUGAAGAUGACGUUGGUCUGAGCCGCAUGCAAACAGUUGUCAACAGCGAACCGAGCCCAAAAUCUUCACACGAUGAAUACAAAUAUCUGCCCCUGAUACUUUUAAACAAAACCUUUUUUGUUGGACUAGUUUUAAGUGGUGAAGUUUCCAACAUCAGCACUUUUUUGUUUGCCACCCUACACACUUCAUCCCAGUGAGCGAUAACAGAAAGGAUUCGAGUAGCAGCACAUUUCAGCAGAGAAAAUGACAAGGAAAUGAAUUACAACUGAAAAUUAAAUGAAGAAGUGGACAAGAGCAACAUCAACUGGUGACUAAAGUAAAAAUGAGGAAAAAACUAAUACGCUUGAAAUGAAAUUGUAAUUGGGGAAAUAAGACUGCAAUACUGGGGCACAGUUAACACAAUAUAUGACCCUUUAAUUUAUGCGUUUUUAAGACAUGACUGAAGUUAUGAUGAUGAUUUUAAAUGUUUCUUUUACACACACGAUGUCAUCGGAUUAAAUUAUUUGUUUUUCCUCACAAAGUGAAUGAUUUAAAGGGGCAGUAUGUAGUUUUCGGAGAAGAAAUUCAAAAUGAGAAUUUUCAUUAUUGCGAUAUUAAUGAGGUUAUCAUACAAACUCAGACACAUUUAUAACUGAAUAAACAAGCUGUUCUCAGAGGAAAAUAAGAUCCCCAGAACACUGAGGCUGGAAAGGUGGCAAGGUCCGCUACAUAUAAACAAAAUAAAACAGUAUGAAUGUGUUGUCCUUUACAGUCAGUUUGUUCAUUCAGACAUGAAAACAAAGACUCUGUUUAUUUAGUUUGUUUAAAUAUAAAAACCGUCAGUCAGUGAAGAUCUUUCUCUUCUGAUUAUGUUUGUCCCCCAAAACUACAUAGUGCCCCUGUAAGAACUGACAUUUCUCACAUGCCCUGAGCUCAAUUUAUAUUUUCAGAACAGGUUAAUGACAAACAAAGCAAGUUUAAAGCCAGAAAUAUAUAUUUUCCUGUUUGUCAGCACUGGAGCAAAGGUUUCAGGUGAAGUGUCAGCAUCACAGCGUUGCUGUAUAUGGAGCAGGUGGAGUUUACGGUGUCGACCUCAUUAAGGUCAACAGAUUUACUAGCAGAGAGCCGCGGGCUUUGUUUUAAAUGACACUGUAAAUAAACUAACUCCAGAUGGGCCUUUUAACGGCUCCUUUAUGGAUCAUUAUGAGUUUAUUUUUCUUGCUUUGUGUCCUUUUCAACUUUUCAAAGACUUUUUUUAUGUGAUAAUAACUAUUUGAAUUGUGUUUUAGCUGCUCUGUCUCUACUUAUCUGUCUCAAGGGCCGGGCAGCCAUCUUGCUGUAAAUAGUUUGGAGGGAUGUGGUUCAAUCGAUUCAUGCCUCACCUUCUGACCCGCCUUUUACCAGGAGCAACCAGUUUAAUUAACACAUUUCUUCAUCAGUAAUGUUUAACCUCCUGUUGUACAGACGGUUGUACAGCGCUGCUGACCAGAUAACAUGUGGAACAGAGAAACUCCUCACUGUUGUACAGAAGAAAAUCUUAAUAAAAGAACUUAACAAAA